AUGAUACUCUUACUUUAUUUCCUUCCUUUUUGUUCUUCACAAAUUAUUCCAGAACUUUUAGCUGGUUUUCAAAACGGAAGAUUUGGAAAUGGCCCCAGGGGAGGUGGACCAAGAGGCUUUGGUAGAGGUCCAGGAGGAUUCGAUAGAGGUUUUGAUGGAGGAUUCGAUGGUGUGGGACCUGAUGGACCACGUGGGGGAGGGGGAGGUCUUGGAGGACUGAUCGGAAAUAUUGCUGCAAAUAUUGGACAACAAAUGGGGUUGAAUGAUGCAGAUGUUAUUGGAGAUUUGAGGGGAAUCUCCCGUGGACCACGUCCAUCUGCUUCAGAGUGGGGUGCGAAGGCUAGACAUUUCUGCCGGAGAUACCCAGGACAUCCGAAAUGUCAACAAGGACAACUUCCACAGUUCACUGAUGUUCCAACUAUUAUCAAUACCAUCAUCUACAAUGCUGGAGAUCUUCUGCCGAGAGUUCCAAUGUUGAACAUUCGUGAUCCACUCGCUGGAUUGAAUAGUGAACUGGUCGGAUUCAUCAAGAGCUUGCAGUCACAAUUUGGACAACUCAGCUCUCAACAAAGGAAUGAGAUUCAGAACUCGUGUAGAUCAUUCAAGUGUGAUCAGCAGUCAUCACAAAAUACACAGGCCAAGCAAGAACUUAUGUCAAAGAUGUUGCAAUUCGAUCAAGCUGUCGGUGGAAAAGGAGCACCAGCUCAUGACAAAGUGAAUCUCCGUUUUGAUAGAACUCAGCAAGUAAAGCAGGCAAUGCUCAAGAGAGCAAAUUUAUCUCAUAUCAUCGUUCCAGCAGACAACGGAGUUUUUGAUAGAGAUGUGUUGCUUACGGAGCAUCAGGCUAACUUUUUGCUCAAUGAACUUGGAGAAGCAGGGCGUGGAGCUGAAGUUCCUGGUGGAAGAGCUCCAAGAUCCGGAGUAUUCUUCUCUGAGAACCCAGUGCAGAAAUGGGAUAUUUGGAAGCCAAUUCAGUAUACUCUGGAUGAUUCGUUAGAAGAAUCGGACAAAAAAGACAUCAGAGAUGCUCUCCACGAGAUCUCAAUCAACACUUGUAUUCUUUUCAAGUACAACGCUACACCGACAGGAUAUCACUUGAAUUAUAUGAAAGUUGACAGCACUACUUUUUGCGGCCUAUCAUAUGUUGGAAGAACAGAUCCAGCCAACCCAAUCUAUCUGAGUUUCCAGUGUGGAGAUAACCGUGGUGUUGCAAUGCACGAAACAAUGCAUGCAUUAGGAGUCAGUCACCAGCAUCUUAGACUUGAUAGAGAUAAAUAUAUUAAAAUUGAUUGGUCCAACAUUGAUCCCCAACACUACGACACAUUCGCCAUUUCCGAUGCCAAACUCUAUACUUCUUACGGUACAAAAUACGCUUACGACUCAAUAAUGCACUAUAAUGCUUAUCUUGGUGCCAAGGAUCCCAAUAAACCAACAAUGAUUCCACUGGUAAAUCCACAAGAAAACACUCCGAAACUAGGUCAACGUGCCAAAUUGACAAGAGCGGACAUCCGGUUGUUGAAGAAAAUGUACUGCCGUCCGGGAUGUGACGAUCAAAAUGUGCAUUGUGGGACGUGGGCGUUGCACGGAUAUUGUAAAUUGAAGGAGCACAUGAAAUGGAUGAAUGAUAAUUGUAAAGCGAGUUGUGAUAAAUGUUGA